AUGUGGAAAGAGAUUAAGUUUUUGAGGACUGAAAUGGAAAGGAAGAGCAAAAUUAUAUGAGACCUCCAAAACAAGAACAAAAGCCUCAAAAACAAGCUCUUGUCAGUAAACAAGCUUUGUGGUAUGCACGCAGAAGAGCCAAAAAAGAUCCAAGCCCAACUGAAAGUGCUUCGUUAUGGGAAAAAGGGUUUGAUUUUUAAGACACAACAGCUAACAGAUCUGGAGAAAAAACUAUCAGUUGCAAAAGACAAAUUGGAAAAUGCAGCCCUUGACAAAGAGUCCCAGCUGAAAGCUCUGAAGGAGACUGAGCAGCUUUGCCUGUCCUCCGUUCUGUGCAGUCAGCCUCCCACAGUGAGUCUGAUCUCCUCCAAACCAGCUGAGAGGCUGCCUUCCUCCAAUGCAAAGGGCUCCAAAGCCUCAUCUCUAGGGACAAGCACCAAGGUUGGAAGUGUUCAUGCCUCUGUCAUGAGAGGAGUACUGAAGGAUAAGGGCCAGCUGGACAGCAUGGAUCUGUUUUAA